CUAUAAAGCGCCACCUCCAUCCUCCGCAUCCAGGUAGAUCCUGCAGCCUUCACAAAGCCUCCGUUGUCACUCGUCACUGUCAACUCUCUUGUCAGCCAUCAUGAGCAGAAACAGCAGCGCCAGCAUGUUCGGAGGAGCCGGGGGAAGGGGCGUCAGGGCGUCCGUGUCCAGCCUGGAGGGGCUGCGCAACGUCCUGCGCAACGAACCCGAGAAAGACUCGGCUCCGGCCACUCCGAUCGUGGCCGCUCCGGUCGCCCCCUCCUACGCUCCCUCCGUCUCCUCCCUCCCGCAGCAGGACAACAAGCAGUCGCUGCAGGGCCUGAACCAGCGGCUGGACACGUACCUGCGCAAGGUGAGGGAGCUGCAGGACGACAACGAGAAGCUGCAGAAGGAGAUCGAUGACAUCCUGGCCAAGAGGACAGCUCCCGAUGGACGAGACUGGGACAAAAUCCAGAAACCCCUGGACGCCCUCGACAAGGAGAUCAAAGAGCUCACGCUUGACAAUGCAAAGGUGCUGCUCCAGAUUGACAACAGCAAGCUGGCUCUUAAUGACUUCAAGAAUAAGUUGGACGACGAGACCAAGAUGAGGAAGGACAUCGAAAAGGAGCUGGAGAAUCUGAAAAAGGACAUCGAGGACACCAAGCAGCAACGAGAGCAGCUGCAGGGGGAGACUAAACUGGUCAAGGACGAGGUGGAUCGCAUUGAGAAGUGCCAUAAGGAGGAAGUGAAGUUGCUCCGUGAAAAGAUAAGAAAUUCAGAGGUGAAGGUGGAGAUGGAGUCCCAGAACUCCAACCUGGCCGACAUCGUCAAGGACAUGAGGCACCAUUACGAGAAGGUGGCUGAGAAGAACCUGAAGGAGACAGAGGACUGGUACAAAUCCAAGUUUGACACCAUCCAGGUGAAGACGGCCCAGAACAACGAGGCUUUGGAGUCCGGAAAGGACGAGCUCAAGAAGCUGCUGAAGCAGAAGAAAACCCUGGAGUUGCAGAUCCAGACUAGCUACACCACGAUCUACGCCCUGGAGGACAAUCUGAUGAAAGCCCAGGAUGAGAACAACCGUCGACUGGUCCCUCUCAACAGCACCAUAAUUAACCUGGAGGCCGAGCUGAAGGAGGUGAGGGCUCAGGUGGAGCAGAAGAUCGAGAGCUACAAAGCGCUGCUGUCCCUCAAAAUGAAGCUGGAGAAGGAAAUUCAGCAGUACCAGACCCUGAUAGAAGGCAUGGACCGUGAGCUGGAGGGUACGGAGCUUAAUAUAGAGGAUGCAGUGAAAACGGAGAAACGAAGGCCUGAAAAGCAAGAGACCCUGGUGGAGGAGACCCUGGUGGCUAACGAGAGCGCCGUCGUUAACCAAUCCUUCACAAACGAAACUUCUACUCUGACCACUACAGAGGUGAUUGUGGACGCUGGCGAAACCACCAAGAAAACCAAGAAAACCAAGAAAUCCAGCAGCCACAAAAAAUCCUCCAAAAAGAAGCAAAAGAAGUCUAAGAAAUCCUCCUCUUCCUCCUCCUCCUCCUCCUCAUCCUCCUCAUCUUCUUCUUCUUCCUCCUCCUCUUCUUCCUCCUCCUCCUCCUCAUCCUCUUCAUCCUCCUCUGAAUCUGAGAACGAAAAGGAAGAAGAGAAAGCUGAGUUUGUUGUAGAAGGUGGAGAAGAUUAAAAGCUGCACUCCGACCUGUUCUUUUCUGUCUCUCUCAGUAAAUGAAAACUAUCGGUGCUUUUCUGUAUAAUCAGUAUGGGGGUCCUUCCAAUGUGUUUGCUGUGAUAAUGAAGACAAAAAAUAUCAAUAAAAUAAAGAUCGCUUCAAAACGGAAAA